AGAUGGAAGCUCUGACUCUCCUUCUCUGUCUGCUUCUAACUGCCUUUCAAGCUCUAUGUGCAGAAUCAUGUGGUGGGUAUUUGACAGAUUGGAGGGGUGAAUUAUUCAGUCCCCAGUACCCUAAUAACUACCCUGAUAACGCACAAUGCACCUGGACCAUUCAUAGCACAGGGAACAUGACCGUGUCACUGACCUUCAGCGGUGUUGUUUUGGAAACAUGCUGUGAUUACAUCAAAGUAUAUGAUGGCCCUUCUACCUUCCACCCCUUACUGGGAGAAAUACGGGACUACAGGAACCAGUCUUUCAAUUCCAACUACAGUGAUCUGACUGUGUUUUUCUACAGCGAUAGCAGUGUAACAAGUAAAGGAUUUCAUGCAAACUGGCUCUUUGUAGAUUCCAAUUCAUGCAGCAAUAACUGUGGAUACUCCCUUGGCAAUUGUUCAUGUGAAGACUCCUGUCAGCUCAAUAGUAACUGUUGUUACGACUACAGCUAUUACUGCUCAUAUGCAACCAUUUGGCCACAACCUACAACAGAUUCCAAUUCAUGCAGCAAUAACUGUGGAUACUCCCUUGGCAGUUGUUCAUGUGAAGACUCCUGUCAGCUCAAUAGUAACUGUUGUUACGACUACAGCUAUUACUGCUCAUAUGCAACUAUUUGGCCACAACUUACAACAGAUUCCAAUUCAUGCAGCAAUAACUGUGGAUACUCCCUUGACAGUUGUUCAUGUGAAGACUCCUGUCAGCACAAUAGUAACUGUUGUUACGACUACAGCUAUUACUGCUCAUAUGCAACCAUUUGGCCACAAACUACAACAGAUUCCAAUUCAUGCAGCAAUAACUGUGGAUACUCCCUUGACAGUUGUUCAUGUGAAGACUCCUGUCAGCUCAAUAGUAACUGUUGUUACGACUACAGCUAUUACUGCUCAUAUGCAACCAUUUGGCCACAACCUACAACAGAACGUGUGGAUUGUUCAUCAGACAACAUGGUCAUUGUCAUUCAAAGGUCUUACUUGAACUCACUCGGGUUGAGUGCAAAUGACCUUUAUGUGGACAACCAUCUUUGCAGACCCUCCAUCAGCAGUACUGAGGUUGUGUUCAGCUUCCCACUUGAUGCAUGUGGAACUGUCAAAGAGAUGAUGAAUGGUUAUGUGUCCUAUACAAACAAUGUGCGGGCCUCUCAGUCUCAGUCAGGUGAAAUCACUCGUCUGUCACAGUUCCUGCUACGGGUGGGCUGCCGAAUGGAGCCGGACACCAUGGUGCAGAUAUUCUACAAGGCCAGUGAGAUCAUCAAUGCCAACAUCACAGGAACGGGCCACUUCGGGGCCAGCAUUGCCUUCUACACCUCCAGCAGUUUCUACCAACAAAUUUAUGACUCUCCAUAUGAGGUGAACCUGAACCAGCCUCUGUAUGUUCAGGUCAAGCUAAACAGGCCUGACAACAGUCUGCUUCUCUUCCUGGACACUUGUGUAGCGUCUCCAAAUCCCAAUGACUUCAAAGAUCGCUCCUAUGACCUGCUGCGUAACGGAUGUCCCAGAGACAACACAUAUUAUUCCUACACCAGCGGUCAGCACUAUUAUGCUCAGUUCAGUUUCCGGGCUUUCAAGUUCCUCCGGACUCAUGCCUAUGUGUACCUGCAGUGUAAGGUGAUCAUCUGCCCUGAUAACGAUUACAACUCUCGCUGCCGCCAAGGUUGCCGCUACCGUCGCAAGAGAUCCCUUGACAGCUCCUACCACACCAAUACUGUGAUGCUGGGGCCAAUCAAACUCAAAGGAGCAUAGGACAGUGACCUGCUUACACAGAAGACGAAGGCAACAGAGUGAUUUGAUCAUCAGCUUUUUAAUUUCUGAUUUGUAUCAUUAAUCAGAUCACAUUAUCUUUCCUAAUGAUGUAUUUUUCCUGAAUUCAUUAAAGCAGUCCUUCUCCAAAUGCA